AUGGAGUUCUCCUCGCUUGCCCUUUCCGGGCUCAACCUCCUGACGAACGACCGCUACUUCCUGAAGCAGCCGCACAUCAUCAACAUUCUUUCUCUCAAUGCCGCGACUUCCCUCUCGGCGGACGUCCCUGCGCAGGGGCUGGCUUCCAAUGAUCCCCUCCAGGAGCCCGAGGUCAUCGCAUUCCUCAAGGAUUCCGGCAAGCCGGGGCUAAUGUCCGCCGCGCUGAAGGAGGCCCUCUACGGCAUCACCGCCCUGUUCACCGAGUGUGCCAAGCGCAACGUCACCGACACUUCCUUCCCAUCUAUCCUCGAUUCGGUCGGCGUCUCCGAGCAGGCCAUCGUCAACAUCCUGCUGUCGGUCUACGCGGCGCACUUCCGUGUCAUCCGCCAGCGCCUGGCUGCCAUCACCGGGGCCGGCUCGCCUGGCACCGCCCAGCUGGUGGACGUCGACUGGAAGCUCCAGUACGACCUGAAGGCCGGGCUCAGCUACCACAUCAGCCUUCUGGCCACGACUCCGAGCGGCUCCUUCGCCGAGCACGAGGCCUCCGUCCAGAACAUCACGUUCACCGCCGAUCCGGUUCAGCUGCAGGAUCUCGUCAGCCGGCUCCGCCAGGCCGAGGGUGCCUACGCCGCGCUGGCCGCGCAGGCUCCGACCACUGGCAAUCGCUAG